UCUGGAGACGCGGCUCCGCUCCGACCGGAGAGCAGCCUCAUUGUGCCGUGUUGACCCGGACUGAACACACCAGAGCUGUCUGACUCUGUCUCCACUGUCCUCUGCAUCCCUGCUCGCCCUCCUGCUGGAUUUAUACCUGGAGCUCGCGCUGCUGCGAGAGGACUUUCCCCCGCCGGCUUUGCUCCCGGGUUUAUUUGGAAAUAAGCGCAGCAGUUGUGGAGUAAACGAGCCGGACGCGGAGCGGAGCCCGGUCCCUGCACUCCGCUGUUAGUGGACAUGCGGAUCCAAACAGCAGAUUUAUAAAUGCAUGAGAGAAUUGGGAUUCAAAGUUCCUUUGGAGUGUGGAGUACUGGUUCCUGGAUUUGGACAUUUCUCCCCCUGACUGGAUCUGCCCUGAGGCUGCUGCUGCUCAGACAGUCCUCAAGUCAAGUUUGACAGUGGCGAGGCCGCCAGCACGGCUUAACUUCACUUCAGCGAGUUUUAACAGCUAAUCUGCCAGAUGGUGAGCUGUACUGGAGCCGAGAUGGAGAAGCUCCCAGGUUAACUCGUCUGAACGCAGCCCAAGUCAGUGAUCCAGCAGACAGCACGCACAGGGCGUCUGAGGGGGUCCACCCCCACCUCUUCACCCGGCCAGCAGGGGGCUCCACCUCUUCACCCGGCCAGCAGGGGGCUCCACCUGCGUGAAGCAGCAGAUUUUCAGACCCGGAUGUUUGCUAUGACCGGCUGACGUCGCCACCACCCACAAGCUCUCCUACAUCAUGGCUACGACUGACUGGCCGUCGCCGUGGCGAUCAGCAGUUCAGCUGCUCAUCCUACUCUCUUCAUGUUUCCUGUGUGAGUCGGCCUCCAGCACGUCGUUCCCCAAAGACAUGGAGCCGCUCAGCGUGGUCGGCUCGGAGCAAUCGUACCAGUAUCCAGGUUUCCAGGGCUUGCUCCAGGACAACGACACGCUGCGCCUGGGCCUGGACUUCCAGAGAAUGUUACGGAUCAAUCAUAUGCUCUACAUCGCUGCUAGAGAUCACGUGUUUGCUGUGAACCUGACGACGGCUCCAGAGGAGUUUGUCCCACAGCUGAGGUUGACCUGGAAGUCCAAAGACGUCAGCAAGUGCACAGUGAGAGGGAAGAACAGCGACGAGUGCUACAACUAUGUGAAAGUCCUGGUCCCCCGAAAUGAUGAAACGUUGUUUGCCUGUGGUACCAACGCUUUCAACCCCACCUGCCGAAACUACAAGAUGAGCACGUUGGAGCAGGUGGGGGAGGAAGUGGUGGGUCAGGCUCGCUGUCCCUUCGAGUCCGGCCAGUCUAAUGUCGGACUGUUCGCUGGGGGAGAUUUCUACUCGGCCACCAUGACAGACUUCCUGGCCAGUGAUGCGGUGAUCUACAGAAGCCUGGGAGACGGCCGGCCGGUCCUCAGAACCGUUAAAUACGACUCCAAGUGGCUACGAGAGCCUCACUUCCUGCACGCCAUCGACUACGGGAACUACGUGUACUUGUUCCUGAGCGAGAUAGCGGUGGAGUACACGGCCCUGGGCAAGGUGGUGUUUUCUCGAGUUGCCCGGGUCUGUAAGAAUGACAAUGGAGGAUCUCCCCGAGUCCUGGAGAGAUACUGGACUUCCUUCCUAAAGGCCAGACUGAACUGUUCGGUUCCUGGAGACUCUUUUUUCUACUUCGAUGUUCUUCAGUCUCUCACCAACGUGCUGCAGAUAAACCAGAGACCGGCGGUGGUCGGGGUGUUCACCACGCAGGCCAACAGUAUCCCCGGCUCAGCAGUUUGUGCCUUUUACAUGGACGACAUAGAAAAAGUCUUUAAUGGGAAAUUCAAAGAGCAGAGGACCGGUGACUCGUCCUGGACCCCGGUACCUGAUGAGCAGGUUCCCAGGCCGAGGCCCGGUACUUGUGCAGGUGACGGCCAGGCUUCAGACUACAAGUCCUCAGUCCAGUUCCCAGACGAGAUGCUGACCUUCAUAAAGUCAUAUCCUUUGAUGGACGAAGCCGUUUCCUCCGUGAACGACCGGCCGUGCUUCGCCAGGACAUCCAGCAGGUCCAAGUUAACCCAGAUCGUGGUGGAUGUUUCAGCCGGUCCCUAUAAGGACCGAACCGUGAUGUUCCUCGGCUCAGACGACGGUCGAGUGCUGAAGGUUCUGGCCAGCACCCACCCCAACGACAGCUUUGGAUCCAAACUGCUGGAGGACAUCGACGUCUACAACCCGUCCAAGUGUGACGUCCAGGGUCAGGAGGACAGGAGGGUGCUGGGAUUAGAGCUGGAUAAGGACCAUCAUGCCUUGUUCGUUGCCUUCAGCAGCUGCGUGAUCAGAGUGCCGCUCAGCCGCUGCUCCCAGCACGGAGCCUGCAAAAAAGCCUGCCUGGCGUCUCGUGACCCGUACUGCAUCUGGCUUCGCACCGGGAGCUGCGCCAACAUCGCCCCAGGCUUCAAGGCGGGGUUUGAGCAGGACAUUGAGGGUGACCACUCUCUUCUUCCCGACAGCUGUCAAGUGGACGUGCUGGCGACCACACGGAACCAGGAGUCUGCAGCCGACUCUGCGUACGGUGUCCGUCGUCUCCCGGAGGUGGAGCAGCGCGCCAGCGCUAACAUCCACUACACGCUGCUGAUCGCCUGCGUGCUGGUGGCCUUCUUCCUGGGAGCCGUCCUGUCGGCCUUCCUGGUGUCCUGCUACUGCAGUCGCAGCACGGCCCACCAGGCCAGGAGGCUGGGGAAAGACCCGGAGGCCUCUCUGCCGCACGCCCUGUCCCUGAGAUCCCUGGCCAAACUCAACGGCCUGCUGGACGAAGAGCCCAAGGAGGACAAACUGGAUGUGUCCACCCCAAAAAUGUACAGCUCCUUCAUCCCCAAUGGACGGGGGUCGCCUCACCUCCACCCCCCCCUGCAGCUGGGGGACCCGGACCUCAGCCUCUCUCAGUCUCUGUCUCAGGGGGAUGGAGAGCUCUCUGGCCUGCCAACGCCUGAUUCUACCCCAGAGCUUCCCAUCAGGAACAUGAAGGCCCUCCGGCAUCAUCAUUAUGAAAAGAACCAGAACUGCAACAAUGCCAAGGAUAACAACCCUAAAUCCGGCCCCAGCUGCUCCGCUUCCAGCCAGAGCUUCAUGACUGUUGUUGGGAAUUCUUUGACCCAGCAAGUGUUUCCCUUCUCUCAUCAUAACGGCAACAGUUUGAGCAACGGAGUGGCCCACAGAGCAGGCGCCUCCUCCACUUCCCUCCACCUCCUGGAGGAGAGGAAGAUCUCAAACGAUGAGCGGGCGGCAGCAGCAGCAGCAGCGGGAGGAGGAGGAGGAGGAAGAGGUGGAGGAGUGGUCCCCCAUCACCAUCAAUCCCAGCAGUCCCUGCCCCAGACGGUGGUGGACGUCUCUGCGCUGGACGAGCUGCUCAAACACAUCCAAGAGGUCAGCGCGUCAGGAACUGGGGGCAUCAAGAUUUUGACUUCUACUUCCACAUCCUCCCUGUUUCCUGGGCCAUCUUCCUCCUCUGGAGGACACCAUCACACUCAUCACCACCAUCACCACAACCAGCACCCCCAGAGCCGCACAGCCCCCAGCAGCCAUCCCAGCAGCCAUCCCAGCAGCCAUCCCAGCAGCCAUCCCAGCAGCCAUCCCAGCAGCGGCCCGCACCACCAGCACCACCAGCAGCAGCAGAUCCCCGAGACGGAACCCGUUUCCUAUUACAGCACCUCCACUCUGCCGAGGGACGGCCUCCCCAAACACCUGGACGCAGCGCCUCAAAACUCCACCUCAUCCUCCGCUUUGUCCUCAUCCUCAUCCUCCUCAUCCUCCAAUAACCCCACCUCCUCCACCUCCAUCCCUUCCUCCUCCUCCUCCUCUUCCUCCACCCCCCUCCAGCAGCAGGUGAUCCCGGAGCGGCCCGGGGAGGGCGGCGUCUCCGUGGCGCGCCACCAAUCUCAGCGCCACUCGCUCAUCAAGAUGGGCAGUGGGGGGGGGGCCGUGCCCCGCCAUCACAGUUUCAACCAGCGGGGAACGCACGCGCACUUCCUGGCUCGGAUGAACACCAACAGCAGCAGUAACGGACCUCCGGGCGCCGGCGCGGCAGCUAAGAGUCAGCGGCAGUCCGUGGCCAGCACUUGCCUCACGCGGCAGCACAGCUACAGCGAGGGGCCACACGGGCAGCGGGCGGCAAUCCUCCGGAGAACCGUGUCGUUAAAACCCCAAGUCCCACCAAAACCCCUUUUUCUGCCAAAUACAGCAACGUCGCCGGUAGCGGAGGCACAAAAGUACAACUACUGAGACUGCAGGGGAAGGUGGCGCUACCCCACCACGGCUGCAACGGCCCCCAUCGUAGAAAACACUCCCAAAUGUUUGCUGGGCUGGUGUGAAAUGACAAAAUGAGGGGACUGAUGGGCCAAAGUGUCCUCAUCAAUCCUCAUUACAAGCCUUCAGCUGUGGGUUUAAUCCUGCAGCUGAGAGGAAGCCGUCUGCCGCCUCCCCGUGGAACGCCUGCUCCGCUGUUUCACAGGGCACAGAGAGACUUUAUUUCGUUUUUUUUUGCAGGUUGGGAUCCUUGCGGGGACUUGCCUCUCAUGACUGAUCAAAACCUGCUGAGACAAGAAACCUCUGUGAAACAUUCCAAAAAAGGGACAAAAGAUAUUACUGAUUCAGGAGGAGUCCCCGAGGCUCGAGUUGGCCUGAAAAAGUCUUGAUUAAUGCAGUUUUCCUAUGAGCGCUUUGAUCUAUUGUCCCCGGUUGGCGCACCUUAAAACUGGGCCCAGAUUGCAAUCUGCAAAUAUUUGAGAAGCAAAGAACCCGGAGAACUGCAGACCUGACCCGGGCCCAAUCUGGGAGCCCUGCAGAACUGUGUAGUAAUUUAACAAAGAAUCUAUUAUUGAGAGUGGAAAUUUAAAGCAAGGGUUACUCUCCUUUCAUGUAAAAAAAAUAAUAAAUAAUGAGUCCAUGUGUUUAUAGCCAACAUUUCAAGACAGGUUUUGCAGAGCAACAUAUCAGUAACACCAAGAAGAGCUGACAUUAAUGCUGUCUGAGUUACUCUGAAAAGUAAACACCAUCCAGAUAAUUAUGUGUUUUUAUACCAUAUUGGUAUAUUAAAAAUAAGAAGGAUUAAAGGGAGCCUAUUAGACGAUAAAGUUUGGAUUUCUUAUUUAAAACAAAAAAGAAAUCCUGAAAUCAUUUGCUGUUCCGCUUAUUCAAACUAUUUAAAUGAUUCUACUACAUUUCUCUCUGGCUUUCUCACAUCCGUCCCUUUCUACCGUAGACGGUGUACAACCUGCAGUAUCUGUGGGAUGUUUAAUACGGCGUCAAACAUGUUACACCUCGUUACAACUCCAAUGCUCAGCUGGUCAUUUCAAUAUUUUUUUUCCCUUGAAGAUUUGAAGGUAUCGCUGGAUCAGAAGAGCUUUCUCCUCGUCCCCGAGCCCUGAGGGAAAGCCUUCCUUGAGAUUUGUCGUACAAAAUGGCGGUGUCAUUUAUCUGUACCGUGGUGGUUUCUGGCUAGCCAGUAUUACUAACAUCACACUUCACCUGUGGAACAAGCAAAUUUGAAUUUGACUAGUUCUGCAGGUGGUUGAGGAAAAUUGAUGCUUCAUGGUGUUGUUAGUUUUAAGUACUCCUACCUGUGGUUCACCAAAGUGUUGCCUCUGCUAUUUAUGGAAGAAGUGCUACAAUAUUAGACUAUACUAUACUAGACGACACUGGGCCGCUGGUGAUGUGGUAAACCAUCCCAGCGGAGAGAUUUAGUUUGUGUCACAGAUUGGGUGAAGGUGAUUAUCAACUUAAAAAGGUCAUUUUUCAUGUUCUUCAUGUUCCAGGAUUAUAGUCUCAAAACUGUUGUCAAAUUAAACAAAACUACAGGCAAGUCCAGACUGAGUGAAAAAAAGACGGUAAAUAAUUAGGUUGACUUUUUUUCUACUUCUCCAUUUGUGGCACUUUGUUUCAGGUUUAUUUUCUUUAACAUUCUCCCCAGUCUGACGGCAGCGUGGGGGAGCGUUUCUGCACAGACGCUCUAAAAACACCCAGCUGCGAUGAGGACCUGAUGUUUCCUGAGCUCCUCUCACCUCCCAGCGUUCAUCAGCAGUCAGGACCGCUCUCUGUCCGCCGGCCCUCUCUUGUGUUCGGGCUGUCAGCCUGCAGCUUAAAGAACACACAGGGAACAGCGGCAGCACUGCCAGCAACAGCAAUAAAACUCCACGGAAACCAAAAUCCCUGUAGGGAAGACGUGGGUGCAGGCGCUGAACUCAAGCGUCUGCGAGUUGGCCGUCCGUGCUGCCGUCACUCCUUCAGGUGCAACUGCAGAAAUUUCUCAAAUGUUUGAUAUAUAAACGAUCUGAAGAGUAAAAAAGAAAAGUGUCAUACCUUGUGUACCAACGACUGAUUGAUUAAGAACCUCAAUGUUUCUGCAUGUUUUAGAGCAUUAGCUGCAUAUGUGACACAUUUACUCCUCAAACCACACAACGCUGGAUUAAUUCAAGCUUCUGGUUGAUUUUUUUUUUUUUU